GGGACGCGCGCUCUCCUGCUUUACGGCAAGGGUGCGCGUGUUUGCGACAGCGUGACGCCGGCAGAGUUUUGGCGGGAAAAGCGCUGCAUUUGGAUUCCUGUGGUGGCGGGCAAAGGACGGCCUGCCCCUCGCCCGUCUCACCUCCUGCCCGUCCCCAGUCGUUCCCCUCAAAGCAUUUAUGCCCCCAGCUGUUCAGCAGAGCUGCUGCCUUUUCUCAGAGGCCUGAGGAAGGCAGUUUCUGCUUCGUUCUGCGUGGGAAUGGGGAUGAUGAUUUACACCACAGAAUGCCAGAAUUCAGAAUACUUGCUUGUGGUUUAAAGCCUUGGAUAAAAUACGGCCGUGGUCCAUCGUGGAGUCAUGGCAGUGCCCUUUGUGGAAGACUGGGACUUGAUGCAAACCCUGGGAGAAGGUGCCUAUGGAGAGGUUCAACUUGCUGUGAAUAGAAGAACUGAAGAAGCAGUUGCAGUCAAGAUUGUAGACAUGAAGCGUGCCAUAGACUGUCCAGAAAAUAUUAAGAAAGAGAUCUGUAUCAAUAAAAUGUUAAAUCAUGAGAAUGUAGUGAAAUUCUAUGGUCACAGGAGAGAAGGCAAUAUCCAGUAUCUAUUUCUGGAGUACUGUAGUGGAGGAGAACUUUUUGACAGAAUUGAGCCAGACAUAGGCAUGCCUGAACAAGAUGCUCAGAGGUUUUUCCAUCAACUCAUGGCAGGGGUGGUUUAUCUGCAUGGUAUUGGGAUAACUCAUAGGGAUAUUAAGCCAGAAAAUCUCCUAUUGGAUGAAAGGGAUAACCUCAAAAUCUCUGACUUUGGCUUGGCAACAGUGUUUCGGCAUAAUAAUCGUGAACGUUUAUUGAACAAGAUGUGUGGUACUUUACCUUAUGUUGCUCCAGAACUUCUAAAGAGAAAAGAAUUUCAUGCAGAACCAGUUGAUGUUUGGUCCUGUGGAAUAGUACUUACGGCAAUGUUGGCUGGAGAAUUGCCAUGGGACCAGCCCAGUGAUAGUUGUCAGGAAUAUUCUGAUUGGAAAGAAAAAAAGACAUACCUCAACCCUUGGAAAAAAAUUGAUUCAGCUCCUCUAGCUUUGCUGCAUAAAAUCCUAGUUGAGAAUCCAUCAGUAAGGAUUACCAUCCCAGACAUCAAAAAAGAUAGAUGGUACAACAAACCUCUCAAGAAAGGGGCAAAGAGGCCCCGAGUCACUUCAGGUGGUGUAUCAGAGUCUCCUAGUGGAUUUUCUAAGCACAUUCAAUCCAAUUUGGACUUCUCUCCAGUGAACAGUGCCUCUAGUGAAGAAAAUGUGAAGUACUCCAGUUCCCAGCCAGAACCACGGACAGGUCUUUCUUUAUGGGACACCAGCCCUUCAUAUAUUGAUAAACUGGUACAAGGGAUCAGUUUUUCCCAACCCACAUGUCCUGAUCAUAUGCUCUUGAAUAGUCAGUUACUUGGCACCCCAGGAUCCUCACAGAACCCUUGGCAGCGCUUGGUUAAAAGGAUGACACGAUUUUUUACCAAAUUGGAUGCAGACAAAUCUUAUCAAUGCCUAAAAGAGACUUGUGAGAAAUUGGGCUAUCAGUGGAAAAAGAGUUGUAUGAAUCAGGUUACUGUAUCAACAACAGAUAGGAGAAACAAUAAACUGAUUUUCAAAGUAAAUUUGGUAGAAAUGGAUGAGAAGAUCUUGGUUGACUUCCGGCUUUCUAAGGGUGAUGGAUUAGAAUUCAAGAGACACUUCCUGAAGAUUAAAGGGAAGCUGAGCGAUGUUGUGAGCAGCCAGAAGGUUUGGCUUCCUGCCACAUGAGAGAUCCACUGGAUUCCUGAUGACAGUCUCCUGUAUGGAUACCAGGACCGUGGGGACCUCUCCGUGCCCUUCUUGAGAUCAAGGGCUCAAACUGGUUUUGAAUCCCACCAUGACACUGUAAACGACUGUAGAGAGUUGGCCCUUCUUUGACCUGCUCAGUUAUUCAUUUAGCCCUUUUCUGUGCUCCUGUAGCCUCAAAGGAUGGGGCCCCCCGCUCCAGCACUGUUCAAGCCCUGAAGCCUGCUCCUCCUCAGCUCUGGAUAUUGACAUUUGCACAGCUUCACCCACCAGAUCACCCACCAGAUCAUCGCCCUUGCUGCUCUUUGCCUCCGAUUCCUGUCCCCUCCAUUUCUCUCUCUGUACCUCCAUCCCUCCCUCCCUUCUCCUGUCACUGGCUGCCAUAUAGCAAGCUCUCCGCCCUUCCUCUUUUCCUUCCUUCAGUGCAUAUUUUCUGCCUGCUUG